ACCAGAGUAGGACCCGAUACCAGAAGGGGAGGAGGGGGCAGGCUGCAAACACUGUUGGGAGCCAAGCAUUUGGAUGGUGAACUGGUUACACCAUAGUGACCACUGCUCUUGAGCCCUCAGUAUUUUGAAUGUUUGUACUCAGAUCUGUGGGUUUCUGGUUUCUUCCUGGAAGUUUUGAUUGACUCUUGUGGAGUUUACUUUCUUGUCCUCUGGUAUCUUUUCUGCUCUUUGUCUUGUUUUAAUAAUACAAGUUUUUAUUACUGCCGUGUUUUUCUUGCUCAGGAACAUGGGGGAAGAGUACAAGAUCCAAGUAUUUGAUGCUGAAACCCAAAAUCUUCUCAAGACUGCAUUGAAAGAGCCUUCCAGUGUAGAUCUUGAGAAGGUGGCCAAUGUGAUAGUAGAACAGUCACUGAGAGAUGCCACAUUUAGCAAAGCGGCUGGAAAAAUGUGCUACACUAUCAUUCAGGCAGAGAGUAAAGAGUCGGGUCGUAGUGUCUUCCGAUCAGCACUUUUGAACAGACUACAAAGUGAAUAUCGGAACAGAGAAGAGAUGAGAGCUCGCUCUGUGCAGGAAUGGGUGUGCUAUGUCAGCUUUAUCUGCAAUAUUUUUGACUAUUUGAGAGUGAAUAACAUGCCAAUGCUGGCCUUGGUUAAUCCAGUAUAUGACUGCCUCUUCCAGUUGGCACAACCUGAAAGCUUGCAGAGAGAGGAGGAGGUGGACUGCUUGGUUCUACAGUUGCACAAGGUUGGGGAGCAGCUAGAGAAGAUGAAUGCCCAAAAAAUGGAUGAGCUUUUUUCUCUUCUUCGAGAUAGCUUUCUACUUCAAGGUGGACUUGGCUCUCUGGCCCAACUGCUUCUGCUUGAAAUGAUAGAAUAUCGAGCAGCAGGCUGGAAAAUGACAGACUCUGCACAAAAAUAUUACUACAGUGAGGUGUCGGACUGAUCCCAUUGCCUGUCUUUGGGGAAGUGGGAAAUGGGUAACUUUACUGUCAUGAUGUUAGGAGCAAAUUGCAAUAAUUCAACCCUUUGAUUCAUUAGAUACACUUAUAUAUAUUGAGUUUAGAAAGGUAAGUGAUGGUUCAUCACAUAUUUGAGCAAUGUGUAUUUUAUGUGGAUUUAUAAUGGAUGUAUGGUGUUACUGACUUAUGGCAGUCAGGGUUUUAUGUGAGAAAAAUCAUUUUGCUUCUGAGAAGAUAUUAAGUUUGCAUUGUUUUCCAGCAAGGUAGAGCAGUUUUAAUGAUUUACAUCUGCAUUUAAUUUUGGUAUUGAAAGCUUAGAAAUAGUUUAGAAGCUUCUUUUUACAGGGUUCAAGAGGAGAUCAUAUGCAUUCCAGCAAUAUUCAGAAUCUCUAACUACAUGAAUGAGGACUGCUGGAGUAUUGGAAACAUUUUGCCUGAACAAAAUGUCCCUGUGGGAUUUCUCCUAAAUCCAGAAAUUCCUGGUAACCCUAAAGUACAGUAUACCCCAAGAUUGAUCUUCACUCCCAGUCUUGUUGCUGGCCAUCAGGGUUAUUUUUUAUUCUUGUUCUGUAUUAACGUGCGAGCCAGUAAAGAAAGUUUGAUGACUUGUGAGUGAUCUUUCUAGACUGUGUGCUGUGAAUAAGGAGUCUGCCGAGUAUUGUCAUUUAAGACAUUAGAUUUUUGUAUACAUAUAUGCAUAGUAACAUCUGAAAACGGUGCGCUCCAAGAGCAUACAUUUUGACCUUUUUAUAAUGUUGCUUUUUCAUAACCAGAUUUGUUUUUUUUUGUGGGGGGG